GUCCCAUUACAGGUUUUUGCAGGCUAUGAGUUAAGCACGCCGUCUUGUUGUGUGAGUGGAUUUAUAUGCAUCACCAUCUGAUCAAAGCUACAAGAUGAAGGUUAGCGAUUUCUACUUGAAAUACGAGAAGAGGGUUGGUGUCAUCUUCGAGAAAUAUGGGUCUUUUGCGACGCAUUAUCCAUGGUACCUGAUUACGGGAUGCUUGAUGCUGAACACUUUGAUGGCAAUAGGAUUGAUGAGGAUGAAAAUCGAGACACAUGUUGAAGUGUUGUACACGCCGAUAGAAAGUCAAGCAUAUAAAGAUAGAGCAAAAGUGGCACGAAUAUUCCCCGAUCAAUCUGCGAUAAAUUUUAAUAUGUUAAGCCUUGUUGACCUUGGCAUGUAUGGCCAAGUGAUGAUACGGACAAAGGACGGAUCCACUCUCCUCAACGACACUUUCUUGGAUGAGAUAGAAAGCAUUGAUAGGCACAUUAAAAACAUUGCUGUAACAGACCCUGUGAGUGGUCAAGAGAAGGCUUACAAUGACGUGUGUGCGCUGAACAGUGACGGAUGCGGUCUCUAUGGUGACAUGAUUUUCACAGAAAAAUUCCGGUCCUGCAUGUACCUUAAUAAUAUAUCCUUUCCAAAGUUUAACAGACAAGCCAUAUCACCUGUUUUUGGUAAUGUAACAGUUAAAAACGACACUUUACUUUUCGCAUCUUUAGUUAAACUGAGGUACUAUCUCCGUACAGACACGCCAGAAAGCAGGUAUCUUUCACGAAAAUGGGAAGAGGCCUUUGUGGAAAGCAUGCCUAGUAUUGUUACCAACCUAACGGAAGUAGCUUUUGAACACUCUGAGUCUUUAAAUAUAGAGCUGAAUGGUAACACAGCAGGUGGUGAUACCGGCCUUUUUUCUAUAACGUUCACGAUCAUGUUGUUUUAUGCUGGAUUUGCCACUUCCGGUGGGGACUGCGUGUCGCAGCGACAGAACCUAGGACGAGCUGGAGUCCUCACCACUCUACUAAGUAUUGCAGCCUCAUUUGGAGUUGUCAGUGCUUUCGGCGUUAAAUUUGUUAAUAUCGUCGGCGUGAUGCCAUUUUUACUUGUUGGUAUAGGCCUAGAUGAUAUGUUCAUACUGCUGUCUGGGCUCGCGGAUACUCCAGCUUCAAACAGCAUCGAGGACAAAAUCAAACAGACCAUGAGGACAAGCGGCGUCGCUAUCACUAUUACGUCACUCACAGAUUUCUUGGCCUUCGCUGUAGGGGCCUCCUCAGUCUUUCUAAGCGUGAGGAACUUUUGCUUAUAUACAGGUGUCGGCGUUCUAGUGUGUUACAUGAACCAGCUGAUGUUCUUCGUUCCUUGUAUGGUGCUGAAUGAGCGACGAGUGGCGGAACGGAGACACUGCCUAACCUGUCUCCCUAUAGAGUCCCGUGAACACCUACAGUCGCAGGGGAAAUCUCGCCGCUUCGUCCGAUGUUGUGGGGGAUCUCCGCCCAAAAACAGAAUGGAUAAUGAAAGUCCUCUUGAACGAUUUCCAAAGUUUGUAUUACAGCGGUUUGUACUAUUUCCGCCUUGUAAGGUGCUGAUUAUUCUAGCUUUUUGUGUCUAUCUUGGAUUUUCAAUUUAUGGAACGAUGAAUGUCAAACAGGGACUGAAGCUAAGUAAUCUUGCCGAUCAGACAUCGUAUUAUCACAAAUAUGCCGUUUGGGACGAGGAAUAUUUCACUACACAAAUGCUAGUAUCCUUCGUGUUCCCGUCUACGAUGAACUAUAGUGAUACACACACUUUGAAUCACAUAGACGCCUUGGUUGAUACUAUUAAAAGUGAAUCGGAAAUGGUGAAAUAUAUUCCCGAGUGGAACUGGCUGCAUCAGUACAAGAAAUCGGCAUUUUCUAGAAUGCUACCUGACAAUGCUAGUAUAUUUAUAGAAGGUGUGAAGCUGUAUCUGCAAUACCGACCCGACCUUAUAAACAAUGUCAUAUUUGACGAUAAUGGAAACAUUAUAGCCUCCCGGAUAAAUGUAAUCACUAGAAAUCUUAAGCAUUCCACUGAGCAGGGAAAUAUGAUGAUCCGGAUGAGGGAGAUAGCGGCCGAGUCGGAGUUGGAUGUACUCGCCCAUUCUGCCCCAUUUAUCUACUUUGAACAGUACGUUGCCAUACUGCCGAGCACACUGACGACAGUGGGAAUUGCCGUGGUCGUAAUGAUCCUCGUCACGGCGCUGUUUAUGCCUCAUCCGUUACUGGUUGCACUGGUGGGGAAUGACAAUGAUAAUGAUCCUUCUUGGGCUGUUUGGUUUCAUGUAUUUCUGGGACCUUACUCUUAGUUCCGUCACCAUGAUCCAUCUGAUUAUGAGUAUCGGCUUCUCUGUGGAUUUCAGUGCCCACAUCUGCCAUGCGUAUAUCUGUAUGGAGGGCACAUGCAGGAACGCCAUGGUCAGCGCCGCUAUAACCCGAUCUGGGGGACCCUAUCUUUAAUGCUGCGAUCUCCACCAUCCUCGGCAUCGUAGUACUUGCAUUUUCGUCGUCGUACAUAUUCCAGUCUUUCUUCAAACUGAUGUUCUUGGUUAUGUUAUUCGGAUUUUGCCAUUCCAUGUUUCUAUUGCCGGUUAUACUGUCACUUAUAGGACCGGAAGUAAAUAUCAUUCCUCUUAUAAAGGAACAACGGAAGCAGUAUAAGCAGCGGGUUUUAACAAGUGGUUACAUUAAUCAAGACAUCAAGGGAUUCCAAUCAGGAAUCGAAGAAAAACAGGGAUACUCAAACAACGCUUACAUAAAGGACACUGGAUCGAAAGACGAGACAUCAGAUAACCAAUACGAAACUAUGGAUAGCAUGUUAGGUGGCAAAAAGCCAAACAUGGACAAAGACGUUCCUUCAGAUAAUCCGUACGAAAACGUUGAUAAUGUAGCAAAUUUCAAUAACACAGCCAUUGAUAUCCCUAUAGUGAACAAGGAUAAUUAUAUGAGCCAUCUAUAAAGUUAAUGUGGAUAGAUAUCCAUUCAUUAUAUAGGCUUGAUCUGAAAUGUUCAUGUCAAAUACGUAAUGUAUUUAUAGAAGUUAUCUUGGUUAUUGUGCGACAUUAGCAUAAUUCCAAUAAUAAAAUUGUAUAUAUAUAGUGAGGUGUUUACCCUAAUACUAUUGUGUAAACAUGUAGUUUUAACCGUCUCAGGAGAUAGAGUAACAUGUGUAAUAAUACUAUUUAUACGGUUCUAAAGGAAUGAAUCUAGGCAUUUCAUUGGUCGUUAUACCUAUGACAUUGGCAAAUGUUCAUUUCCUCGUACAAUAUGAGUCUCGCCAUAUUGUUUCACAUUUACUGUUUUAAAUAUCCAGUCAUGUGACAUGCUGAUAAAACAACUUACGAGACAGACAUAAUAAAACACCUCUCUUCUCAAAUUUUGCUCAAGAUUUGUCGAUUUUCAAUCCGCCGUUUUGGUUUACACUGCUGUGUUUUCCGCUAGUAAUGUAGGCGGCUGUAUGGUAAAAUGUUGCGAUGAUUUCUAUUAAUUCUGUAUCAAUUUGCUUUUAUAUUGGUGAUUUUGGUUGUUGUUGUGAGACAUUAACAUAGUUACGGCAAUAAAAUUGUUUUAAUGCUAAC